GGCGGGCCGAGUGCCGGCGCGGGUUGGUUGCGUCAACACCGGCUUACAUAGGGCGGAGUACGGCGUGUCCUUGGGCUCAGACGCCGGAGGGUGCGGGAGUUGCCGGGGUUGCGGUUACGCCGUGGGCGCAGCGUCAGUGGGGCGGCCGGCCGGACAGUACUGAAAAUGGGAGAUAUUGAGAAGGGCAAGAAGAUCUUUGUCCAGAAAUGUUCCCAGUGCCAUACAGUUGAAAAGGGAGGGAAGCACAAGACUGGACCCAACCUGAAUGGCCUAUUUGGGCGCAAGACUGGCCAAGCUGCGGGCUUCUCUUACACGGAUGCUAAUAAGAAUAAAGGUAUCACCUGGGGUGAGGAUACUCUGAUGGAGUAUUUGGAAAAUCCAAAGAAGUAUAUCCCAGGAACAAAGAUGAUUUUUGCGGGUAUCAAGAAGAAGUCUGAGAGAGCAGACUUAAUAGCAUACCUCAAAGAUGCCACUUCAAAGUAAAAGUUAUCUGCUGCCUUAUUUAUUUCACAAAGGAGAUGGCAAUGGAAAUGUCUGUGAGAUUGGUUUUUAAACUUUCUAUUUUUACAUGUGCUGUGUCUUGCCUAAAAAUCUGUCUCACCGGUCAGAUAUGGUGGGUCACUGGAGUACACACUUGUUUGGCAGCCAUUAACUUAAUGAAAACUAUGUAAUUGGGUUGAUUCAAAUUACUAUAAUGUUCAGUCAUUCUUGAUCGUAAAUUAAAAAACAAAUAAAUAAGCAUUUCCUGCCUCUUCAUUGUUUAAAAGAUAUCAAUUAAUAAUCAAAUGAGUAAUUAUCAACAGCAUAAUAGGUUUGACAGCCCAGCUCUUCCAGAUUAAAAAGCAGGGUGGUUUUUGGCAUCUUCCACCAUACAUCUUCUGUUACAUGACUUUAAAGAUUUUAAGAAAAAAACCAAAACAACAAAGGCUAAAAAAAAAACCCAACAAGAUAAUAUUUUUCUAAAUUUAAUCAGUGCUAGGUGUUGUGGUAUAUAUUAAUCUGUCUAAAGCUUGCAAUAAGAAUUCAUUUCAUCUGACUUCAGUACUAAUUGUGAAAUGGCAGUUGUGCCCCGCCACUUUUCUUUUAUCUUGGGGAAGCAUGUUACCUGAUUUAUCCAGCCUUUGACAGCUGCAUGCACCACUAGAGUAAAACUCCCCUUCAGAAACAUCUUCAGUUUUUUACAUGGUAUUGAGACUUUUUGUUCAGUAAAUCUUCCAAAACCAGCCAUUCUUGAUGUAACGAACAGAACAGAGAAACAUCCUGUUCUGGAAACGCGAGUGCUAAAGACCAACUGAGAGUUAUUAAAUCAUCUUAAUUCAGCAGAAGCAUUCACCUAAAAUCUAGAGUUUCAGAUGAAGGGGGGAUGAAUGCUGUGGUAGCCUACAAGGAAACAGUCUUCCUCUGUGCCUGGCUGUAGCUGAUGUCAUUACUUCUGAAGGUUCUGUUUCGCACAGUGUAAAGCGGUAUUUUUAAUGUUUUAACUGCAUUUUUUUCAUACUAAGUGAAUUGUUCAGAUGAAUGUAUUUACUGUGUACCAACAGUAAGGCAUAACUCAGAGCAAUCAAUACUGUAAAUUAAAAAAAAAAUUAAAAAUCUUGUUUGCUGUA